AUGUGCUGCUUGUUCCCCGUCAUCUCAAUAUUAUCUCUUCUCUUUCCCUCUCUUCCUCCCCCCUCUUCCUCCCGCCGCCCCCUCGUCCCCUCGCACGCAGUCGCUGCUCCAGGUAGUUCGUAUCCCGUCCAGCUUCCGCCACUCUCCAUUUCGUCCUCCAAGCGUGCUCCGUUUAUUCGCAGGGACACAUCUGACGAUCUCCAGAAUGGCUCUCUGAACCUCAAGCGUCCCGUCUACGUCAACGACAAGCUUGUGGCCUCCCGCCCUUCGCAUCAUGUAGUCCCCAUCCACCUUUCCACUGCUUCUACAUUCUCCCCCACCUCAUCGCCCUCCUCCACUCCCCCCUCAACGCCUUCGUCGACGCCCUUUUUCGCGUCAAAGCAGAUGCCUCGCUCUCCUCUGGUUUCGUCUCCCCGCUCCCUCCCCAGCCCGGUCAGUCGCUCGCCCAUGCCGUUCAAGUCUCCUCUCCCGUCCUUCGACGAGAAGUCAAGCCAGGGCUCGUCGAUGUCGUCCGUCGCCAUGGAUGUGCUAGCCCAGGGAGAUGUGGUCGGUGAGGGUCUCAUCCUUCAGGGCGAGACGAUCGUGCGCGUGCCCAUUGGUUCUUCGGAGCCGCGCAUCGAUGAUGAGCCGGCAAAUGAAUUCGAGGUCGUCCGCACGCUUGGCACUGGUAGCUACGCUGUUGUGUAUCUUGUACGCGAAGUUCUCUCCCGCUCGACCUCGCCGUCUUCGGACGACGAACAUGGCGCUGCUGUCGCAGGAUCUAUGGAGCUCGACGACGGGUAUUUCGGUCAUGCCCCCACCCGGUAUGGCCGUGAAUACGCCAUCAAGCUGCUGUCCAAAGCCAACCUUGACGAGGAUGCCCUGGCGGCACAGUUGUUCGAGGCCACCAUCCACCAAUCCCUCCCCCCUCAUCCCAACAUCGUCACCCUUCAUCGCACGCUUGAGACCCCUUCUUUUUUGCUUCUUCUCCUCGAGUUUGUGCCCGGUGAGGAUCUCUUCUACUUUUUGGAACAGGCGCGCGACCACUUCGACGAAGACCCUGCGUCGCCGAACCUCUCGACGUCGUCCUCGGACUCGAGCUGCACUUCACGCACGCCGUCGACGCCGAGUCUGCUCGCGUCCCUUGCACCAUCGCAGCUCCUCUCGCGCACCCGCCUGCGCCUGAUUGCGUCCAUGUUUGGUCAAAUGUGUGAUGCCGUCGCGACCUGCCACGAGCACUCAGUGUUCCAUCGCGACAUCAAGCCUGAGAACUUUAUCGUCACAGACGGUUGGACGACACUCCCAGAAGGACGACGCGAGCGGAAGGUUGUCGUGAAGCUCACUGAUUUUGGAUUGUCUACUACCGAUACGGAUUCAGCCGACAUGGAUUGCGGCAGCGCUCCUUACAUGAGUUUCGAAUGCCGAAAUAACCUACACCCUACUUAUUCUCCUCGUGCUGCCGAUGUCUGGUCACUUGGUAUCGUGCUGAUCAAUAUGUUGUAUCACUAUAACCCCUGGACUGAUGCCGCCCAGGGCGUCUGCCCAUCGUUCGAGACAUACCGUCAACAGCCCGUCAAUUUCUUCAUGUCUCGUUUCACCGGAAUGACCCUCUCUGUCGCUGAGUUCCUCACGACGAACGUGUUCUGCAUCCUCAACGGUCCGAGGGACGACUCGAAGCGCAUCAGCGCUCGUGCAUUCGGCACAUGGGUGCGCGAUCUGCCCACACUGCUCGGCGAACCGGCGCGGCCUGGGCAUGCGCGCACGGUCUCGAUCUCGUCUGUGCAGGGCCACCGACUCGCAUCUAUCCCGCACUCGCGCCGCCCGUCGCUCCGCUGUGCCACGCCUAUCGAUCUCGCGGCCUCCCAGCGUGUAUCGCGCUCCAUGUCUCGUGCACCGUCUCUCGGGCCCGCAUACGAGGUCGAUAUAGAGGCAGAGACGUCGAUGCUCUCCACCGUCAUGGACCAGGAGAACGAGGAGCAGGAUGCAGAUCAGGAGCGCGAGCAGGAUCACGCCGAGCAGGAACAGGACCCGGAGACGAUUUCGCGCUCGACGUCGACGCACAAGCGGCGCAAGCGUGGUGCGCGCAACAAGGGCAAGGGCGCGGCGCUGUCGCCGAGCACACCUCAGUUCGACAGUCUUGCGAACUCGCUUGCGGAGGCGUCGCAGGCGCUCGCCCGCGAGAUCAGCCGCACCUCACGCACCUCGCAGCAUGCCAGUGUCGCGAGCAUUCACAGCACUGCGGUGGAGGCGCCAGCACCUGUCGUGUACUACCCGCCUGUGCCGCCUAUGGGAAUCCACCCCACUGCUGCAUUCCCGUCUUCGUCGUCUUCGUUGUCUGUCUCCUCGUCCUCGAUCUCGAAGAAGUCGUCGAAGUGGAAGCUCAGCUUCGGCAAGGGGAGCAGCGCUGCGCUGAGCAAAGCGCUAGCUUCGGAAGAGGCGCUCUCCGAGGCUAGUGGCAAGCUGAAGUCUUCGACGGCGAGCAACGUUGCAAGCAUGCUCGACAGUCUGCAGCCUAACAGUUCUGCCUCGUCCAAUCGCGCCGAGGCGGGUGAGAUGGGUUCCUUCACGCAUCGCGGCCGUCUCCCCAAGGCGUCGCCGUAUGCUGCGAGUACGCUGUCGAACAACAGCAGCACGUGGGGCCCGCCUUCCGGCUCGCCGUUCUCCUCUGUCAGCAACCUGGACCGCCGCGGGGUGUCCAACGCGGAUGCGCGGUCCCAGCGUGCUGUCUCCCCUGCCAGCAAGCGCAGUGUGUCUCCCGCUAGCAAGCGGGGCGUUUCGCCCUCGAGCACACGCAGCGGGCGGCCGCUGGCGUCCAGCGCAAGUUCCAUGGCGUCAUCGAACAAUUGGCGCAGCUCGAUGGCGAGUGCGGGCACGUCGUCCUCAGCGUUCACGAAGUACAGCAACGCCAGCUCGCGCAGCGUGUCCACGGCGGCGACGAGCCUGUCCUCGGGCAGUUGGCGCAGCAACCAGACGGGCCAGUCGGGGAAGAAGCACCCGUACGACAACGGCGGCAGGCCCAGUGGGCUGCCCGCGAACAUCAAGUUCAUGUCUGGUGUGCCGCUCGAGGCCACCCAGAUGCCCCGCAACCCUGGCCCGCCCAAGCGGCGCGGGCCACGUGCGCCCGACUCGACGCUCGGCACGAUCAGCGAGCGCCCGCAGCAGAAACCGUCUCCUCUCCGGAUGGACGCGGCGACGAGCACGACGGACCUCUCCCGGGUGCCGCGCGACGGGGAGCGCGACGGCAGCAGCGAAGGCGACCGCGAUGGGAACCCGCGGAAGGUGCAAAAGGGCCAGAUCAAUACCCUCGCGAAGCUGCUGUCGGCGAUGCGGCGGUAA